GCCGCAUACCGUCCUCCACCCUGCACCGGGACAGGCGCUGGGGCUGGGGUUCCUGGAGCGGGGGUGCAUCCAGGGGAGCUCCCAGAAUCUCAGAGCUCAGGCCCUGGUUAAGCGGAGGGAUGGUUACAGGUGGAGGUAGUACCGGGGUAGGAGGUGGAGCAGAGAAAGGAGGCAGGGUGAGAUGUUCCCGCAGAAUCUGGGUUCUCCUCGGCUCCCUGGUUCUCAUCUUUCUCACUUCCCUAUUCUUGUCCGUGUCCCUUCGCGGGGGCGUCGGAUUCAACUACCUGGAACCACCCGGGUGGGAAGAGUCACGGCGUGUGAAGCUCGUGCCCAGCUACAUGGGUGCGCACCGCCUGUCAUCACCUGAUGCCCCACAGCAGAAGACGUGUGCUUGCCCGCGCUGUGUCGGGGAUCCUGGAGUUUCUGAUUGGUUCGAUGAAAACUACGACCCGGAUAUCUCUCCUGUUUGGACAAGAGACAACAUGCAGUUACCCUCUGAUGUCUACUACUGGUGGGUGAUGUUACAGCCCCAGUUUAAACCCCACAGCAUCCAGCAGGUGCUGCUGAGGUUGUUCCAGGUGAUUCCCGGAAGGUCGCCGUACGGCUCGUGGGAUCCGGGACGCUGCCUGCGCUGCGCUGUGGUGGGGAACUCCGGGAACCUUCGCGGGGCCAGAUAUGGCGCAACCAUUGAUGAUCACAACUACAUUAUGAGGAUAAAUCUGGCCCCUACGGUGGGCUACGAGGAAGACGCGGGCAGCCACACCACUCACCACUUCAUGUACCCAGAGAGUGCCAAAAACCUGGCAGCCAACGUCAGCUUCGUGCUCGUUCCCUUCAAAACACUGGAUCUGGUCUGGAUCACCAGCGCUCUGUCCACGGGCCAGAUUCGAUUUACUUACGCUCCAGUGAAGCAGUUCCUCCGAGUAGAUAAAGACAAGGUCCAGAUCUUCAACCCAGCAUUCUUUAAAUACAUCCACGACCGCUGGACUAGACAUCAUGGCCGCUACCCCUCCACUGGGAUGCUAGUGCUGUUCUUUGCUCUGCACGUCUGUGAUGAGGUGAACGUGUUUGGUUUCGGUGCAGACAGCCGUGGAAACUGGCACCACUACUGGGAGCAGAACCGCUACUCCGGAGAAUUCAGGAAGACCGGCGUCCACGACGCAGACUACGAAGCCCAGAUCAUUGAGCGGCUGGCCAAAGCUGGCAAAAUCACAGUCUUUCCUGGAAAAUAACCAGCGAACCAUCCUGCAUAUAUCUAAAGUUUAGCGUUAGAGGGCUGGUUCAGCAAACAGACACUAUACAGGCUGCUUACAUCAUGUUUUUGCUUUCACUUGCCUGCACAAGUUUAGGUUCUCUGCUGAAGUAAAACCAAAUGGCUACAGAAGACGAGACAAAGUGAUCACAGUUGGUACUCAACACUUUACUCCGUUCACUUUCCCCUCAUAUUAAAUGAAUGCCCUCUGUUGAGCUGCAGGUCGCAUCUGUUAAGUAGCUACGAACAACUAUUGUGUAGAUCCAACGUGACUCUUUUCGCUGCUCUAAAAGUGGGAGUUGAGCCUCAAAUUAGAAGCAAAAGGCUCAGGAUUUCACCUGGGCUGCGUUAGGACUGAAAAUCAAGGCAAAGGACAGCACAAACACAGGUAUGAGGGCCCAUGGAGGAAAACCUAACCAAUGACAAUAAAUACUGACUUUGUUUGCAGCGUGGAGGAUGCUGGAGAAGGAAACAGAGGGAAAACAUGUCCCACUUUUGGACUAAAUCCAGAGGAAAUAUUCACCUUGGAUGACAACCUAAUCCUCAAUAAAUAACAGAGACACGCUAUCAUAUGUACUGAAAAGACGACAGAAGCUGAACGGUCAGCGUCUAGAGCAAUGUUGUUCUACAUCGUUUGUUGUUCCCCUUGUUAGGUGCAGACCUUCAGAAAAGGCUGAGGUUGCAGACGCAAAAGUGUAAUGUUGGACAUUUAAAGGACUCCAGAACUUAAAAGGCCACUUGAUAAACAGUUGUUCUUCUCAAAUCUUGACAAUUUUCACUGUAAACUCCUAUUUAUGUGGUUUCUACUGGAGAAGACAGUGUUAUAAGGACUUUGUCUGACAGUGGUGGGUUGUAAAAUGGUUCCUUAUAAGAUGGUGCGUGAUUGCUCUAGGUUUAUAGCAUAUGACUGUCCUCUAAAGUCCCCAGAGUCCUUACAGUCUCAGCAAGGCAUUAGCACCAUGCAGCUGACCCACAGAAGCACAAUGGAGACUUUUGCCUUUCAGCCAUUCUGACUCAGAAAGAUUACUGCAGCACUAGCACCGCAUCCUGCUUUUAAAUGCCACAACAACCACAGGCCCCUGCUACAGCCUUUAUUCACAUUCAGACUCGGAGAGGAAAUGUUCUGGGAGAAUGACGCUUUGACUGUGGUGAGGCCAAAAGCCCAUCUCCGGGGAUUUUAUGUUUGGAUGGAGGCAUGCUGGUGUCUGGGCCCCGAGUUUAAUCCUCAUGUGGUCUGUCCAGGUCUAAUUUGGGAGAAGAGGACUAAAAACAAAGAGCUGGGGCUUGUAGAAACAGACUGACAAAGCCGGCAUGAGAAGCAGAAAAAGAAGAAGGCGUCGCGUCGCUGCAGUUUAUGUGCAGCCGCUUGCACAGCGCUACUCAAACUCACCGCUCUGGUUUGGAAAAGAUGGAGAAGCUAAGACUUCAGGCAAACUUCCACACCUCAGUGGAGUUAGAAACUGUUGGGAGCACUUCACCCCAAAUUAAGGCCCAUUUAAUGGAGUGAAAGAAACCUCCACCAGAUAUUAGAGUUAUUAACUCAUUAGUAGCUCAGCAUCAUUAACCACUAGCCCCAGUCCCUCUUUAACCAAUUAAAGCUUUCAGCUGUGUCUGGAGGGGGCGGAGCUACCAGUCGCCUUACACUUGACCUCUCUGCCAUAAAACUGCACAUCCUGUCCUGUUGUUUCAUCGUGAUGACAUCCCCCCCCCCCCACAGAACGCAGAGUUCAUGCUUAGCUUUGUUUGAUUUGAGUGAUUUACAGGAUCACCUCAGAAAAAAAGUGUUUCUGUCACCAUCAUGUAGUAGUGAUUUACUCGUUGAUAUUCGCCAUUGUUAGUUGAUAUGUCUUUAACAAGAAAACAAGCAAAUGAUAGUUUAGGAUGUGCUGCUAGACCAUUUCUAGAGCAGAGGUAGAUGGGCGAAAGUAUUUGGUUUGAGCUGAGGUUGUAAAUUCAUCCAUGGAGAUGUGGUCAUAAAGAGGUGGAGGCUGAAAAUGAAAGGUACUCAGGGUUCCUACGCAGGUCUGUAAAACAUGAAGAAAAACUGGCAGAGUGAACUCAACUCGCUCUUCACUCGCACCUAAUGCAGUUAUACUGAUUUGAAUCAUUAUCGUAAACGCAGCAUUUGUACUGAGAGCUGUGGCUUUGAAACUUUAUGUGCUUUUCUUUGUUUUCUUUCAUAUACAGGUCCUUCUCAAAAAAUUAGCAUAUUGUGAUAAAGUUC